CGCUUGGAGGGAGCGCGCGCGUGUUCACGUUAGUAGUCGCGAGCUUCGCGCGCUUUGUAAGGCACAGAAAGGCGGUAGGCGAGCUGUUGUCGUGACAACCGAUAACGGUACUCCCGUGAAGGGGGCAGCAAAGCGCCAGUGUAAAGAAAGAGAGCGCGCGCGUCGAGCUGGUGCACGCGAGAAGCGCGCGGGCUGUAUCGCAGUUUCUCCCGCUCCUCUCGCGCUUCAGUAGCGGAUCUCUCUCGAUCUGUUCACAGUGUCUCUUUUGUUUCUGUCUGUGGAUUUAUUAUCUGUGGAGAUGUUUGUGUGGAGACGCGUGUCGUUUCGACAGCUGCAGGCGAGUUUUUUCCGACUGCUGUGUUUUAUUCCUACAGGACUGCCGGUGAUCAGCGUGGACAGUCAGAGAUCCACCGACAACAUCACCAUCAGACAGGGAGACACGGCCGUGAUCCGGUGUUAUGUGGAUGAUAAGGUGUCUAAGGUGGCGUGGUUAAACCGUUCAAACAUCAUCUUCGCGGGAGAGGAUAAGUGGUCUCUGGACCCUCGGGUGGAGCUGGUGACUCAGGGUCAGCUGGAGUACAGUCUGAGGAUACAGAAGGUGGACGUGUUCGACGAGGGACCAUACACCUGCUCCAUCCAAACCAAACAACAACCCAAAACAUCACAGGUCUAUCUCAUCGUCCAAGUCCCUGCAAACAUUUAUAAAGUUUCGGAGGACAUCACUGUGAAUGAGGGCAGUAAUGUGACGCUGACGUGUUUAGCUAAUGGGAGGCCGGAUCCAGCCAUCACCUGGAGACUUCUCAACCCAUCAGCCGAGGCUCUGGACGUCGGGGAAUAUCUGGAGAUUUCUGGCAUGGUGAGGUCUCAGGCUGGACGUUACGAGUGUAAAGCCAGUAAUGAUGUUUCCACACCCGAUGUCAAAUAUGUCAACGUGAUUGUCAACUAUCCGCCGUAUAUAAAAGCUGUGCGGAGUUCAGAGACUCCUGUGGGACACGCUGGGAUUCUGCACUGUGAGGCGUCGGCCGUCCCGCAGCCGGAGUUUGAGUGGUACAGAGACGAUCGCAGAUUGUCGAGUUCUCAGAGUGUUAACAUUCAGAUCACCGGAUCUCGAACACUGCUGGUCGUCGCAAACGUCACUGAAGACGAUUAUGGAAAUUACACGUGUGUCGCUACAAACAGACUGGGCAUCCACAACGCCAGCCUGUUCCUCUACAAACCUGGCACCGGGCGGGACAUCAGCGGAUCCGACUGCAUGUGUCAAUCAUUGGGGCUCCUCCUCCUGUCUGUGCUCUUUGCCCUUUUGAAGUGUUAAUGUUCAGCGCGACACAGUCGAUCGUCUCAGACUGUUUCCAUCCCUCCGUCCAUCCUCGCUCACCGUUACCCAGCAGGACGACUGAUGUAUUAUCAGGACAACAUUUGACAUGGGGCUGAAGGUGCUGUUUUUAUGAACUGAAUAUUGUUCCUGUAACACACAGGUCUGUCUGUUCUGGAUGUUUCACACAUGACUGUGUGAGCGCACGUGUGUGUGUGUGCGUGCGUGCGUGCGUGCGUGCGUGUGCGUGCGUGUGUGUGUGUGCGUGCGUGCGUGCGUGCGUGCGUGUGCGUGCGUGUGUGUGUGUGCGUGCGUGCGUGCGUGCGUAAUAAACCUGUCAAACACAACCGUCAAUCGUCUAGAAAUGCUGAGAAUAGCUCUUGAUUGAUCUUGUCAUUGCGUUGUCCCAUAAAACUUGAGUCUGCUCCAAACCGUGUUCAACAAGCCCAGAACAAGAAUCAUUUCACAUCAUUUAAAUGCAGUUGCCAAAAACACCUAAACACGCGUCUGUUUUAUUAUUAUUAUUAUUAUUGAUAUGUUUUGUUAAAUGACCAAAUGUUAAAUCUGUAGUUCUGAAUGUUGAUAACAGUAUUAGCUUCACGCUGCUGAUACCUCAUGAAAAGAACAGGAGUGUGUGUUUCUAUCUCACCAAACGCUCAUCUUGUUCUCACGUGAGUCUGUGUUUGAAGAUUUUCGUUGCUCUGAAUCUAAACUCCUCCCACAUACUUAACCCCUCUCACAUGGACAUUACCAGGCAAUGCCGUCGUAUGAGGAUUUUGGAGGGCUACCUGUGAAAUUUAGUGGAAUGGAGAUAAACGUGUGAAACACAUCCGAGAAUGGUUUAAACAUGAACUUGAAUAUUUAAUAAUUGAUUAAACAAAAGAUGGUAUAUUUAUUGCAUUUUAUACAAUGAUUCCACAAAACUUCAUAUACAGUAUACUCAUGCUCUUAUAUAACAAACUCCCGUUUCUGUCCCGCCGUGUCACACAAACGUCUCAAUCCUCCGAUGACAUCAUCAUCAUCAUCAGAUCUUCUGUGACACUAAUGAAUGCUCAGCGUGAUUCUCACCGACACUUCUGUUGUGUGUAAAUAGUUUUUGGAAUCAGACGUUCUUGUGUGUAAAUGAAAUCCAAUCGUAAAUUCAGGUUUCUCAAUAGUGAACAUUUAGUUAAUCAUCUGAUAAUUAGAUCCUAAAGCUUUUUAAUAGAAAGAAUUUACACCAUGUUUAAAUCAUUCGAUUUACAUUUGAAACGCCUGCACUAUUCUUAUGAAGAGAGAGAGAGAGAGAGAGAGAGAGAAUAAUCGUAAUUGUACAGAAAUGAACUGAAGACACUUACUGCCAAAACAAAUGAAUCCCAUUAGAUGAAAAAGCCAUGAUGUGAUACAGAUGAAUGACACGCACACACCACACGUUUGUGUUAGUAUUGUGUGUGUGUGCGUGUGUGUGUGUGUGUUAACUAGCAUUGACCAGGUGAACAUCCGUCUGUCAGACAGAUUUGAUUGUCAGCUUUUCAUGUUUGCGAUUGGAUGCCUUGAUUGAUCACGUCACGUCACGUCUGCGUGUGUUUGGAUUUAAAGGGCCAGUCGCGUGUUUUCUGUACUACAGAGAUGAAUGAUCCACAGUCCUGAACUCUUCGCUCAUGUGUGACUGUUCAAACACUCGUGUGAGGAUCAGAGCGUGUGUGUGUGUGUCAUGAAAGAUGAAAAUGUGUUUUUGUCGAUCCUCUUCUGCUAUGAAACACGCCGGAGUUUCCGGUCACAUCAUCCUCAUCAAAAGCAAUGAAGAUUUUCUAACCGUGUUUAUUUACUCUGAUGUUGCCGCAGUGGAUUUUUAAACCCUUCUGCACAGUCAGGUACUCGUGAAAUGUGUCAAAUGGAAACAAAGUCAUUUGAAUUGGAUGUUUCGAAAAUGGGUUCAAACCGUUUUUGGUGAGAAAAUGAUAGUGAUGAAUUCUGUUAAUCAUGUAACAUGCAAAUAAAGAAAUAUAACGAUUGUUAGAGCUCCCUUUAAAGUGUGUUGUUGUGUCAUCUAACCUUGUGACCGAGAUCAAACAUCAAGAAACUUGAGACUAUAAAUUCUGUCAUCAUUUACUCGCCCUUUUGUCACCCCAAAGCUGUUUGACUUUCUUUCUUUCGUAGAACACAGAAGAAGAUACUUUGAAGAAUGUUGUUAACUGAACC